UAUAUAUAUAUAUAUAUAUAUAUAUAUAUAUAUAUAUAUAUAUAUAUAUAUAUAUAUAUAUAUAUAUAUAUAUAUGCCAUUCCAUUUCAUUUCAAUAUAUAUAUUCUGGCAGCUCCUUAAAAGGAACUUCGUUUUUAUUAAAACAAUUUUUAAUUCUUUUUUUAGAAAGCUAAAAUUAUUAUUGGACGUUUGCUUGAUUAUUUUUUACUCCUUUUUCAUCAAUUUAUGCAUAAUUUCCUUUUCAUUUCCAUUUUUUGCAUCAAAAAAUAUUAGUGUUUACAUGAAAUUGUUAGUUGUUCCUUGCCAUUUC